CAGUGGCGUCACGUGACUCGGCCCGCUCCCGCUCCCGCGCCGCCGCCGUCGCACGCCGAUGGCCGCGGGCUCUCGCGGCGUCGCACGGGCUCCACGAGGCGAGCGACCCCCGGGCUCAGGGAGGCAGCGACUGCAGCGCGGACGGGGAGGGCGGCGCCCAGGCCGGCCGUAGUGUCGUCACCGCGGCGGCGCGGGCCCCGGGAGCCCCGAGCCGAGGCAGCAACGCCGACGCCCUGCGCGCACCCCCUCCGCGGCCCCCUCCUCCGCGGCCCCGCGGCCUCCAUCUUCCUCUGGCUGCCGGUGGCAGCGCUCGUCUGCGGAGCGGGGUUGAAAGACACACAGAAGUCUUCAUGGAUAUAGUUGAUACAUUUAAUCAUUUAAUUCCUACUGAACACUUAGAUGAUGCCCUAUUUCUAGGAUCCAACCUGGAGAAUGAAGUCUGUGAGGAUUUUAGUACAAGUCAAAAUGUCUUAGAGGACUCGCUGAAGAACAUGCUCAGCGAUAAGGAUCCUAUGCUAGGAUCUGCAAGUAACCAGUUCUGUUUGCCUGUUUUGGAUAGCAAUGAUCCCAAUUUCCAGAUGCCUUGUUCAACAGUUGUUGGUCUUGACGAUAUUAUGGAUGAAGGAGUUGUUAAAGAAAGUGGUAAUGAUACCAUUGAUGAAGAAGAAUUGAUUUUACCUAACAGGAAUUUGAGGGACAGAGUAGAAGACAAUUCAGUGAGAUCACCAAGAAAAUCACCUCGUUUAAUGGCACAAGAACAAGUAAGAAGUUUACGACAAAGCACUAUUGCCAAGCGUUCAAAUGCAGCACCUCUAAGCACAAAAAAGCCAUCUGGGAAGACUCUAUCUACCCCUAAGUUAGGGGUGAAACCACCAGAAAGAUGUCAGGGUAAAGAAGAAGUUUAUACGUCACUGAAAUCUGAACACCCUAAGGAGAGUAGAAGGAGCAACCGGCAUGAUGAACAAGUGGAUGUGGUGCCAGAAGUCUCAGCAUCUUCAGUUGAUUCUUCAGUGUCAUCUUGUGUCGAAAUGAAGGAUGAGGCUGAGGCUGAGCUAGAUUCCAGACAUGCAUGUAAUAACGAGGGUGAAGUAAAUGUAUCAUCUCAUGAGUUAAAUUGUUCGCUUCUUUCAGAGACUUGUGCUAGUACAGAAGAGAAGAAAAAUGAAGCUCUGAUGGAAUGUAAAACUGAGACUGAUAGUAGCUCAUUGUUUAAGUUUUCAGAUAAGGAAGAUGAGCAGAAUGAUCUUGUUUCAGGUGAAAUGGGUGACACUGUUGAAGAAGAGAGUGCAGUGGGAAAACUUGAACAAGAACCAGAGGAGAUAAAGUUAACCUGUGAAGGUGACCAGAUGCCUGAGGAACCUGAAUCUUCUGAUAUGUCUGACUCUGCUUGUACAGAAAAAAAUCAGACAGAAAAUAAUGAAGCAGCUGAAUGUGAUGUGGAGUUGAAGAACACCGUAGAUGUUAUUGAUAAAGCUGAAGACUCUCCUCAAAGAAAUCAAAUGGAAACAUUGGGAUAUUGUGAGGACAUGCAGUCUAAUGAUGUUCAGUUACAGAGCACAGAGUUUAGUAAAUCAACUCUGGAGGAGGUUGAUACUUGUGCUUUUGAACCAGAAACUAGUACUUUAGAAAAUACUAUUUGUGAUGUUCCUGACCAAAAUUCAAAGCAUUUUAAUAUUACUCAAAGUAUUAAACUGGAGUCUCAGGAAACCGCAGAUCUUCAGGGUGAUAAAAGUGGUUUAGAGUCCAAAAACUUAAAAUCCAAACACACAAAAUCUGUAACUCAUUCUAAGCAAAGCAUGACCUCAGAGACCCCACGAAAAACUGUUGCAGUGAAGCAAGAAGCAGUUCAUAGCAGAACUAAGUCUAAUGCCAAGAGUGUGAAGCGAAAUGCUGAUGGACCAGAAGCCCAGCGUGAUUCUCAGAGGCCAGUCAAAGUGAGAAAAAAACAAAGUGACAAAGAUUUGAAGAGUCAGAGUUGUAAUUCUGGGGUUAAAUCUGUAAAAAGCCAAGCUCAUUCUGUAUCCAAAAAAACACCCCAGGAUCAAAAUGUAGUGCAAGUUUCCAAACCUUUAACACAUUCUCUUAGUGAUAAGCUUCAUGGUCACUCCAGUUGCUCUAAGGAGCCUCAUCAUCCUGCACAAACUGGAAACUUACUGCAUUCCAGCCAGAAACAGAGCCAUAAGCCCCAGCAACAGUCACCAGCGGUGAAGGUCACUAGUCAUGUGAAGGAUGAGCAAGAACAUCCAGGCAGUGAGCAUCUUAAGGAAGAGGAGAAACUGAAGCCAAAAAAACCUGAGAGAAAUCUACAGCCUCGCCAAAGGAGAAGCAGCAGAAGUUUUUCUCUGGAUGAGCCUCCAUUGUUCAUUCCAGACAACAUAGCUACUAUAAAAAAAGAAGGGUCAGAUCAGACUUCCUCAGUUGAAAGCAAAUAUAUGUGGACUCCCAGCAAGCAGUGUGGGUUUUGCAAAAAACCACAUGGCAACAGGUUUAUGGUUGGCUGUGGGAGAUGUGAUGACUGGUUUCAUGGUGACUGUGUUGGGUUAAGUCUUUCUCAAGCACAGCAAAUGGGAGAGGAAGACAAAGAAUAUGUUUGUGUAAGAUGCUGUGCUGAAGAAGAUAAAAAGACUGACAUAUUAGACACAGAUAUUUUGGAAGACCAAACUGCAUUUGAAGCCCACAGUGAAGAUAAAACAAUGGAGUGUGAAAAGCUCGGGUCAUCGAAGCACAUAGUAGCCAAUGAUAAAAAUAAAUGUAUGGAUGAUACUGUAAAGCACAAGGUCAAAAUUUUAAAACGGGAGUCUGAGGGAAAAACUUCAUCCGACAGUAGAGAUAAUGAAAUUAAAAAAUGGCAACUAGCUCCUCUUCGCAAGUUGGGGCAACCCGUUUUACCUCGGAGAUCAUCAGAAGAAAAAAGUGAAAAAAUACCAAAAGAAUCUACAACUCCUACUUGCACAGUAGAAAAAGCAUCAAAAUCAGGUACUCAUGAGAAGCAAGAGACAAAAAAGAAGAAAGUUGAAAAGAGCGGACCUAAUGUGCACCCCCCUGCUGCUGCUUCCAAGCCUUCUGCAGAUCAGAUCAGACAGAGCGUCCGGCAUUCUCUAAAAGACAUUCUUAUGAGAAGACUUACAGACUCAAAUUUGAAGGUCCCAGAGGAAAAGGCAGCAAAGGUUGCCACAAAAAUUGAAAAAGAACUUUUCUCUUUUUUUCGAGACACAGACGCCAAGUAUAAGAAUAAAUAUAGAAGCUUGAUGUUCAAUCUAAAAGACCCUAAAAACAAUAUACUAUUUAAGAAAGUACUGAAAGGAGAAGUAACCCCUGAUCAUCUUAUAAGGAUGAGUCCAGAAGAGCUAGCUUCUAAAGAGUUAGCUGCGUGGAGACGAAGGGAGAACAGACACACCAUAGAGAUGAUUGAGAAGGAGCAAAGAGAAGUGGAAAGACGACCAAUCACAAAAAUAACUCACAAAGGUGAGAUAGAAAUUGAGAGCGAUGCCCCAAUGAAAGAACAGGAAGCAGCCAUGGAGAUUCAGGAGCCUUCAGCCAGUAAGUCAUUGGAGAAGCCAGAUGGUUCUGAGAAACAAAAGGAAGAGAUUGACGCCACCUCUACAGACACCACUGCUCAACACAGACAGCAUCUCUUUGACCUGAACUGCAAAAUAUGCAUAGGUCGAAUGGCACCACCUGUAGAUGAUCUUUCUCCAAAAAAUGUGAAAGUUGUUGUCGGAGGAGCACGUAAACAUUCAGACAAUGAAGCAGAAAGUAUAGCAGAUGCACUGUCUUCCACUACAAAUAUUCUGGCUUCUGAAUUCUUUGAGGAGGAAAAACAAGAGUCUCCCAAAUCAGCAUUCUCCCCUACUCCACGUCCAGAGAUGCCCGGAACUGUGGAAGUUGAGUCAACCUUCCUGGCUCGAUUGAACUUCAUCUGGAAAGGUUUUAUCAAUAUGCCAUCUGUGGCAAAAUUUGUUACCAAAGCCUAUCCUGUCUCUGGAUCCCCUGAGUACUUGACAGAGGAUCUACCAGAUAGUAUUCAAGUAGGUGGCAGGAUAUCACCUCAGACAGUUUGGGAUUAUGUGGAAAAAAUAAAAGCAUCAGGCACCAAGGAAAUCUGUGUGGUUCGCUUCACACCAGUAACUGAAGAAGAUCAAAUUUCUUACACUUUGCUGUUUGCGUACUUCAGUAGCAGAAAGCGCUAUGGCGUAGCUGCUAACAACAUGAAGCAGGUUAAAGAUAUGUACCUUAUUCCUUUGGGUGCUGCAGAUAAAAUUCCACACCCUCUUGUGCCUUUUGAUGGACCUGGACUUGAGCUGCACAGACCUAAUCUGUUGUUGGGUCUCAUCAUUCGUCAGAAGCUGAAGCGGCAGCAUAGUGCUAGUGCCAGUUCCAGUCACACAGCUGAGACCCCCGAGAGCACCCCGAUAGCCUUGCCACCUGACAAAAAAGGGAAAAUGGAGUCAUCUGCAGAGGAAGCAGCAGAGGAAGAGAAUGACUUUUUCAAUUCCUUUACAGCUGUGUUACACAAGCAGAGAAACAAGCCCCCACAGCCUCUUCAGGAAGACCUGCCAACAGCAGCCGAACCUCUAAUGGAAGUCACCAAGCAGGAGCCUCCAAAACCCUUAAGAUUCCUUCCUGGGGUCCUAAUUGGCUGGGAAAGUCAACCUUCUACUCUGGAGUUAGCAAAUAAACCUCUUCCUGUGGAUGACAUACUCCAAAGCCUUUUGGGUACCACUGGUCAAGUGUAUGAGCAGGCUCAGCCAGUUGUAGAACAAAGCACUCUUAAAGAAAUUCCUUUUAUAAGUGAUCAAGCCAACCCAAAAGUAGAGAAAAUGGAUAAAGUCGAGGUGACUGAAGGUGAAGCCCAGGAGGUAACAGUUAAAGCAGAAAAUAUUUCAGAAUCUACAAGUAAAAACUCAGGGGUAGAAGAAACUUCUUUGGGAUCCUCUUCCAUUUCUCCAGGGCCUUUUGCAAGCCUUAGUUUGAGAGGGAAACCGCCAGAUGUUUCCACAGAAGCAUUCUUAACAACUUUGUCAAUGCCACCAAAACAGGAGGAAGCUGGAGAAAACAAGGAGAGAGCAUUAAAAAGACAGCUGCUCCCGGAUCAAGAGAAUAGUUUGCAAGAUAAUCGGACUUCAAGUAAUUCUCCAUGCAGGCCCAGCACAGGAAAGGGAGUCAUAGAUGGCAGUGUGGGCUGCAGUGAAAGUCUUGUUGCUAACACGAGAUCCCCACAGUUUAUCAACCUGAAAAGGGAUCCCAGACAAGCAGCAGGACGAAACCAGCAGACAGCUUCAGAGAGCAAGGAUUCAGAGAGCUGCCGAAACGGAGAAAAGCACCCUCUGCCUGGUCCAUCACAGAACAAAGAGCUCUUAGCAGAGCCAAUUAGUGGAGAAGGAAAGUUGCCUUCUGUAGAGAAGAACACGUGUGUAGAGCAGAGCGAUGAUUCAGAGGCUGGGCAAAACUCGUUGCCUGUAGAAAAUUUAAAUUCUUCACAAACAGAACAUGCCAAUCCUUUACAGGAGGGUGUUUUAACACAAAAUAUCGAAACUGUCCACCAGUUUAGAAGAGGAUCGGCUACAGCAUCAUCUCAUUUUGAAGUUGGAAAUACAUCCCAAUCAGAAUUUCCUUCUAAGAGCAUCAAUUUUACUUCCAGGAGUACCAGCCCCAGAGCAAGUGCAAACUUUCCCCCCGUGAGGCCACAGCAGCCCAACCUCCAGCACCUCAAGUCUAGUCCCCCUGGAUUCCCAUUUCCAGGACCCCCAAACUUCCCUCCCCAAAGUGUGUUUGGAUUUCCACCACAUUUGCCGCCUCCAUUACUUCCCCCUCCAGGAUUUAGCUUUCCUCAAAAUCCCAUGGUUCCUUGGCCACCUGUUCAUCUCCCAGGCCAGCCACAACGUAUGAUGGGGCCCCUUUCACAGACAUCAAGGUACAUGGGCCCACAAAAUUUUUAUCAGGUCAAAGACAUUCGGAGACCAGAAAGGCGCCAUAGUGAUCCAUGGGGUAGGCAAGAUCAACAACCAGAUAGGCCUUUUAAUAGAGGUAAAGGGGACCGUCAGAGAUUUUACAGUGAUUCACACCACUUGAAAAGAGAGCGUCAUGACAAGGAUUGGGAGCAAGAAUCUGAAAGGCACAGACACAGAGACAGAAGCCAGGAGAAAGACAGAGACAGGAAAAGCAAAGAGGAAGGACAUAAAGAUAAGGAGAGGCUGCGGCUAUCACACAGUGAUCGAGCAGCAGAUGGGAAAGCAAGCAGAGAAAGUAAGAACACAGACAAGAAGCUGGAAAGACCUAAAGGUGAAGACCAUGAAAGGGAGAAAGAGAGAGAGAAGAGUAAACAUAGAGAAGGGGAGAAGGACAGAGAGAGAUACCACAAAGACAGGGACCACACUGACAGAGCAAAAAGCAAAAGGUGAAACUUGCAGGCUGUUUCAACAUCCCAUUUUAAAAACUGUUACAUGCUAUGUAUCUUUAUAAGAUUGCCUGGUAGGACUGUGCCAGCUUUUAAAUCUUCACCAUUGGUGGUUGCCCAGCAGUAAACCGCUGGUGCGGAGUGCUCUGCGCCAGUGCCCACCAUCUCUUACUCACACCACUGUUCUACUUACAGGAAUUUAAUAUUUUUGAAAGUUUUACAAUGCUGUAUAUUCAAAGAUUUGUUUUGUUAAUAUGCAAUAAAGGCUUAGAAAUUUUAGUUUUAUUCCUUAAUUGGUAAAUAUGGUUAACUAUGGAAUAUAUUUACUGCCUCUAGUGAAUGUCCUUUAUAUAAUGACUAAUUUGAAAGUAAGCUGUACUCUGUACAUUUGUUUUCAAUUGCACUGUUUUUAACGGAAGUAUAGAGGAGCAACAAAAACGCCAAGCGACUUCAUAAUCAGACCAUACUAACUAUUUAGUGGGGCAAUUCUUGACUACAAAUCAAAAGCCCAAGGAGUCCAUGUAUUGCUUUUAUCUGCACUCAUUGAAGGCAUUUCUUACCAUGUACUGCAGUGUGUGGUAGGCCAUAUCCUUUCCUUUCUGGCUCUUCAGAAACUUGAAUACUUAAGCUUGUACAUGAUCUUGUGUUUUGCUAUCCUUUUUACUGUAAAAUGUAAAUAUUUUAAGGGAUAUUUUGAUUCUAAAUAUGAUAAAAGAAUUUCUCACCUACUUUGUGUGUGUGACUUGAAAUUCAGUAGUAAAAAAGGUUCUUGAAAGCUUCUUUUCCUUGAGACAUUAUUCUUUUACUCAGCCAAGAAUAUUGUAGGCAUAAUGUCAGACAUCACCUAAGAGAAGAAUGGUUGUUUUAAGUCUUAGAUGAAUCUCUUCUGAAGAGGCUAGUGUUUAGAACUGCCAGCAGGGAGCUUUGCAGUUAUGCACUUAGUUGCUAUUAUGUUCCUGAAAAGUUAUAUAUGAUCAAACUUUGUUAUACGACUCAGUAAUCAUUGUAAAACUGCAGAACUUCUAAGUGAAAUGUAUUUUGAAUUUUUUUUUUUUGUAAAAUGAUUUGUUUGUAGGGCAACUGUAAAAUUGAAUAUGCCAGUUUGACUUGAAAUAGAAAAUACACAAGACUGUUGUUCUUUCAGAUCUAAACUUACCUAUACCCCGAAAUACAUCCUGUGCUGAUGUUUAAAACAUAAAGCAGUAGCUGCCAGAUGAUGUUAACACUCGGGACCCAGUCAAGAGUGACCAUUGUUCUUACCUACUUGUACCCAUGACGAAUUCAGUAACUCCACAAAAUUAAGAAAAUUGUUUCUAAAGGAGCAUUACCAGGUUUUUGAAACUGAAUUAACCUUGCUAUUCUUACUAGAGAAAAUAGUCAAAACAUUUUGUCUGAAUUGCAAGGAUCGCAAUAUUCUUUUUUUCCAUCUUUGCCUCUGAAAUUGAUCAUCAUCAUCAUGAAAGUUCUAAAAUGAAGGGUUUUCAUUUAAAUAAAAGUAUUUUUAACUUUG